CAGAUGUGAGAACCAAACAUUCACAAUGAACCCACAAGGAGCUCAUAUCAAUUUCAUAAAAUCCAAUACAAAGAGCCCACCGUUGUUCACCUGUUCACCACUUUUUUGUUUUGUUUUGUUUUAAAUAUCAACCUCUCCCCUCGAUUCCCUAGCUUCUCUGAAUAAUGGAGCACUUUCCCAUCUCUAGUCUCAUUUGUGAAGAAGACCAAUCUCCCUUAUACGCCACUGAUAAUGAUGAUGAUGAUGUUACUGAUCACAAGGAAACUAAGCAUGAAGACGAGUACAUAGAGAUUCUAGUCUCAAGAGAGAGCAUCCUUGAUACAAUUCAUUCUAGUAUAACCUCUGCCUGGUUAAAAUGGGCUCGCUCUGAUUCAGUCCAGUGGAUAAUGAAAACCAGGGUCUCCUUCAGCUUCAGUUAUCAGACUGCAUAUCUUGCUCUAACUUAUUACGAUCGCUUCUUGACUCAUCGAUCCAUCGAAAGUGAUAAAUAUUGGGCAUUUCGAUUGUUAUCGAUUGCUUGCUUAUCUCUGGCAGCUAAGAUGGAGGAAUGCUUUGUGCCAAUGCUUUCCGAGUAUCAAACUGAAGAUUUUGGAUUUGAAAGCAAAACUAUACAGAGGAUGGAGCUUUUGAUAUUAAGUACUUUGGACUGGAGAAUGAAUUUAGUGACUCCAUUUGCAUAUUUGAGUCACUUCACGGCUAAGCUUGAAACAGAUAUUAAGGCAGAGGAGAUCGUUUCCAAGUCCACCGGAUUCAUACUUGGGAUUAUUAACGAUAUUAAUUUGGUGGAGCAUAGGCCAUCCACUAUUGCAGCUGCAGCAGUUUUGGCUGCAUAUAAUCAGAGAUUGAACAAACAACCAGUGGAGCCUAAGUUGAGCAUUUUCUCCUCUUGUGCAACUUUAGAACCUGAGCAUGUGCUUUCUUGCUAUACAAUGAUGAUUGAAGGAUCAAGAUAUUGUUCUGGUGUUGGUGACAAAUAUUUCAGCACUGCGAGUAACAAGAGAAGAAGACUAAAAUCAACCUGAGAAGGGCUUUUAAGUUUUCUUAUAGGGAUUUGUUUGAUUAAGUAAUCGUUGGUGUGCAUUUUUCAAGUGUUGGGUUGGAUUGGAUUGGAUUGGAUUGGAUAGAUUUAUUAGAAUUAAGGUAUGAUUUAUUUUCCCUGUUGGCUACUGUAAGUAAAAUGAGAGGAAGGUGAAAAUUAACAAGAAAAGGGCAAAAGAGACCCGGGAGGCCUGGAAAGGAUGAAUUAUUUGAUAUUCUUCUCAAGUUACAAUGCAUACGAACAGAAGAGAGAAAAACACACAGUUUCAUAAUUUCAGAAUAUUGAGGUUUGGCUUCUCAUGUAAAAGGAUUGCUUGUGAGUGGUUUUAUUACAAGUUUGCAAGUAGCACCUUGUGGGUUUAAUCCAUGAAUAAAUACUUGGUCAACUUGUUUGGU